AUGAGUAAACUAAGCACGAAAUUAGGCAUCGCUAUGGUUGGACCACCUCUAGCUGCUGGCGAACUCAAUCGUCCUUUGGUCGGCGAAUCAGAAAGAGUCAUCAUUGCGCUUGCUUCUCGAUGCCAUCGUAUACCUUAUGCUAUGUGCUGUUUGUCUAUUGAUGAAAUUGAUUCUCUUGCACCGAAACGUGAUGAAGAUUCAAGUGAAGGAAAAGUAGACAAGAUCAGUGUUCUUCUCUCAUUAAUUGACGGUAUCAAAGAUGUACCUAAUCUUAUGAUUUUCUGUGCUACGAACCGUCUGCAUAUGAUGGAUGAAGCUUUUUUGCGACGUAUGUCUGGAAAAUUUUUUGUUGGUCGACCAUCAUCUCAAGCUCGUACGAAAAUCUUGGCUCAAAUACCAGAAUGGGCUCUUGAACCAGAUCUCAUCGAUCGGCUAGCUAUCGCUUCAACUAAUUUUAGUGGUGCAGCAUGCAAAGCAUUUACUCGAGCCAUUACUGUUCGUUGCAUGGCUGCUCAACGAACACAACCAAACUUUCAUGUCAACUAUAAAGAAGCACUUAAAAUUGCCGAUCGUACUGCACAACAGUAUCAAAUCUUCCUUGGUAGUGAAACCUUACCUCGGCUACUUCUGCGCAACCUUAUGAGUGGAUCAAGGAUUCGUGUAAAUCACCUAUCACGACACAUGUAUGCAGGACGAAUCAUUGUCGACCUACAUGAUGGCAGUGCACGUAUUGAAAUUAUUGAGACGGGUGAUCGUAUCGCCGUGAUUGAACAUAAACUUUUCCCCAAUGAGACGAGUGUACAGAGUCUACUUGAACGAUUAACUGUGUAUGGAAAAGACCGAAAUGUACAACUUCUUCAACUAAUUGAUCUCAAUCUGCUCGCUUCACAGGGAGCGUAUGAUGAGAAAAAAGUGUUUGAAACGCUGAAAGAACGCUAUGACGAAUGCGUAGCCUAUACUCGCUCGAUGAUCAUCUACGAUCUUGAUUCGCUUGUCGGCGUUAAUAAAUCGGAAUCCGAUUCAUCUAUGGGUCGAUCCAUGAGUUCGUCUGUCGUCAAUCAAAGUGUGUAUACAUAUGUUCGCGCAAGAUUUCGAGAAGCCGUUGUUGAGCAACAACAAGAAACAGAUGAUGGAACACAACAAAUGGUAGAAAAAUGGGCAGUUGCUGUUAUACGAGAACCUUUUCUCUUGAGACAAUUUUCAUCCGAUGUUCAAUUUGCACGAACACGACAAGAAGAAGAAGAGCUUGAGUUGGAAAGACGUAAAGCUGAAGAUCUCCUCAAAUGUGUUAAAUGCAAAGAUCUUUACAUAGAGAAUGAAAACAAAAUGGGUAACUGUGCUCAUCAUGAUGGAUUUAUAUAUGAUAAUUCAGCACCUGAUCUUGCCAUUUAUACGCAAAGUGAAGUGGCAUAUAUGUUAACCAAACUUGAAUGUGAUGCUAUCAAUUAUCCGGACAGACGUGAAGAAUUUGAGCGACAAAAAAAUAAAUUCAAAUGGAUAUGUUGCGAUACGACAGUGACAACAGGCUCUGGCGCAGGUGGAUGUAAAAAAGGCAAGCAUGGUUUCGGUGAGCCAGUUGGUGAUCGGCAGCGGCGAGAUGGACAUCGUCUUGAUCAAACAAUGAUCAAACGGUGGGAAGAAGAGUGUCGACGUAAUCAAGAAUAUAAUGAAAAAUGGUUACUUUUGUUGGAGAACCGAGGUUGA